AUAUGGUGUCUUCAAAUCGGCUUACACGCUAUACUCUUCCAUCGAUCACAGAAUAAUUUCCAGUUUGACAUGUAAUGACCACCACUGGGGAACUUACGAAAUCAGAUAACCAAGAAGUUCAUCAUUCAAAUUCAUCAGUUCUUCAUUGAACGAUAUAGACGAUAUCAUAAUUACUCGAAGCCUUCUCUUCUUGAACAAGCCACGUGAAGACGAAUCGCUCGACCUAUCAAAAUGCUGAAGCUAAUAUCCCUGCGGACAGUAAUGAAGAUAUUCGGAGUUGUCAUGUUUGUCAUCGCUCUUCAUCUAACUAUUGAAGCUUAUUCUCAACGAAAAACGCAUGCCGAUUUCCAAUACAACAAAAAUAGUUUGACUGCCAAUGAACAAGAGAGAGAUGCAGGUGAUAAGGGGAAAGUUCAGACUUCCCACGACAAGCAUAAUUAUUUUGAAUAUAUUCCAAUGUUGAAGAACCUCAAGCUCAGUUCUGAUGCCCUCAAAUUUGAGAGAACAAAUCGUGAGAUUAAGGCGGAACUGAACGAUGGCAGGCACAGUAAAUGGCUGGCAAAUGCUUUGAUAAGCAUGAAGCACAAUGUAACUUUCCAGGAAAACAGACUCUUGUACAAGAUACACAACUCAGUAAGUCAGAGGCAGAACCAUAACAGCCCGAACACAUGCGUCAUCAAAGUUCUCCAAUUAUGUAGGAAGAUGUGUAAACGGAUGAUCAAAGAAGAGAACAAAAGAUGGACAAAAUUUUAUUGCAAAUUCUCAAACUGUCACUUUGAAACCAAGGUGAGUGACACACUCGAAGACAUUAAAGAGAGCGAUGUCGUAUUUCUCAUUCCAGAAAAACGGGAUUGGAAGUCGGUUAUUGACUCUCGGCCAAAGGGGCAACUCUGGGUUUUCCACUCAAAAGAAGCGCCUAUUCAUACCCCGGAACAGUACCCACCUCGAGAGUUCGGGAAUCCAUAUAAUAUUUCAAUUAGCUACCUGACGAGUGUAGAUCUUGCUCCGGCCUAUUACUACGUGGAUUCCCACAACUCAGAACAAAGUCCUAUGGUUCUUCGAAAGAAGAAACUCAUGUAUUGGGCGUCAUCGAACUGCAAUCACACCAGCUGGGGAAGGACGAGAUUUGUACACGAGUUGGAGAAGUACUUGGACAUUGAUACAUUUGGUCUUUGCGGACGCUUGCAGUGCCUUCGCUACGCGAAUGGAUGUUAUUCCAUCCAAUCGGACUACAAAUUCAACCUCGCCCUGGAGAAUAGCCAAUGUCCAGAGUACAUCACGGAAAAGUUCUGGUACAAUGCACUCCUCACAGGUUCUGUUCCAAUAGUCUACGGACCUUCGAAGAAAGAUUACGAACGUCUUGCGCCGCCUCAUUCUUUCAUCCACUUUGACGACUUCAAGACGGUUCAAGAGUUUGUAGAUUACAUCAAUCUCCUGGAUCGCAACGAUGAACUGUACCUUGAAUACUUUGCAUGGCGGAGAGUCGGUCGAGUGGAGAAGUCUUCUACGAUGCUGACAACUCGUAUCCAGACUGGGGAUAGGUUGUGUUACAUUAUCAUGACGUUGCUCAAGAAGUCUUUGAGACCUGGCGAGUUUACAUGGCAGGAUGAUCAUCCAAACUUCCAUGACUGGUGGACUGGACUGUGUCAGGAGGAAACCCAGAAGAAACGAAUAAUGGACAUUGAUGUCUAAACAUAGAUAGGUUUCUUGCUCCACGGCAGUUUGAAAAAAAAAGAGAUAUUGAAAAAAAAAUAUUCGGGUUAGACAUAAAUGGUUUCGUUCCUUCAUGUCAGUGUUUCAUCAAGAACUAUUUCAUCUCUCUUAAGGGUUUUGAUAUACAGUAUCCUGAUGUGCUUUGGGUAGGGAAAUGAUGCAAGGCGUUUUCUCUCACACACACCUACAUUCUCAACCCCACCCAUUUUCUCCCCCUCACACACACACACACCCACACAUCCCCGUCUCUCUUUCUUUCAUAAUUCUUCCUCUUUACCGAACCAUUCUGAUUCGUGCUUCGAAAUUUUAUUGAUAUCAGUAUCUGACUUCGACCGAUCAUGGCGAAUUGAUGCAAUGAAACUCAAUUCUUGGACUAUCAUGCAAUAGAAUGAUUUUGGGAGUUUAUGGUGUUUAAUAUAUUUUUAACACAUCAGUUGUUUCCAAAAUCAUGAUAGAUAAGUUUCGAUAUUCACAUUUCGACAAAUAUAAUGACUUGAAAUAUAAUAUAUUAUCUAAAAUAAAAUUAUAUAUAUGCACAUUGUUAUAAUGUUGUUGGGGUUAUUUUCUAAAUAAAUUUAGCUAUCUGGAAUCAUUACUUACUACUCUUACCUAGGCAGGAAAGAUGUACCUUGGAAAAUAAAUGUCUUGGUUUUGCUUUUUUAAAGUAAUAUUACAGUAUUCAUCACAAUCUUAGUAAUCAGUAAGAAGUCAAUGAAAUCUCCGAAAUAUUUAUAACUAUUUAUUUUGUUAAUUUGUUUAUAUUAGUGGUAUAUUAAAAAAAAAACUUAGUAACCGCAGAGGAGGAAAAUUCUUAGGAAGGUAAAUUAAAAACAAACAAACCUGUCUUUAUUCCAACGAUAUUGUUUGCUACGUGAAUUGUACAACUUCAAUACCUCCCAAAC